AUGGUGAACACGUCGCUCAAACGAAGACGGACCGAGGAUCAGCUUCGAGGGAAGCUUCCUAAGAAGGAAAAGAAGAAGGUCAAGAAGCAGAAGCACUACCACAGCUCCAGUGAGGAUGAGGGCGGCGCACGAGAUGCUCCGGCGAGAGGAAGCAGCGAGGAGCCGGAGGAGCCAUUUGAGCCCACGGGCGUAAAUGCAACACUGCCGGGAAAGCCAGAGCUAUCGAAGCAACAGGCAAGAAAGCAGGCAAAGUUCGCGUUGCAAAAAACAGCGCCCGCAGCCCCUACACAUGAAGACUCGUCGGCGAGCGACGACGAGGACAUGGAUGGAGGUGUAGAACCCCCGAAAAACCAGCCAAAGAAACCAGAGCCAAAGUUCAAGGCAAACAUUCCAGUAAAGUCAGCGUUGAAGAAGACUGCGCCCGUAGAUCACGAAGCUGCACUACCAAGCGACGACGACGACGAUGCUGAAAACGACGCAUCGGAGCCCGAAGUUGACGAAUUCGACAUUAACGACUCGGAGUCCGACGUCUCAGACACCUCCACUGCCGCCGCUCGCAAAGUGAGAAAACGAAACGACCCCGAAGCCUUUGCAACCUCCAUCUCCAGAAUUCUCAAUACCAAACUCACGACAACAAAACGCUCCGAGCCCAUUCUCGCCCGCUCAAAAGAUGCGCAGACAGCAAACCGCGAACUCGCUGAUAGCAAGCUCACCGAGAAGGCACGAAGACAAGUUGUUGCGGAGAGGAAAGCCGCGCAAGACAAAGGGCGCGUGAAGGACGUGCUUGGUCUCAACGAUGAGACGGUCAGUACGGCGGUGACGAGUGCCAAGGAGAAAGAAUUGCGGCGGACGGCGCAGAAGGGUGUCAUCAAGUUGUUCAACGCGGUGAGAGCGGCACAGGUCAAGGGCGAGCAAGCGGAGCGCGAUUUAAAGGACGUCAACCUUGUAGGCAUAGCAAAGAGGGAAGAGAGGGUCAAGGAGAUGAGUAAGCAGGGGUUCUUGGAUAUGAUCACGGGUGGGCAGGCGAAGAAGGAGGCUUCAGUCGAAGCUUGA